AUGCGGCGCCAGAUUGUGGCACUCUGCACAGUGCUGUUGAGUUCAGCAAGCGCCCUCUCAGUACCACGUCAAGAAGACACCGUCCGAGUGGACCACGGCCACGGCUUCACCAGACGAAACGAGAGCGCAGCCAUGGCCGGCGAACUCACCCUGAACAUUGACCCGGACAUCAGCAACCCGGCUUGUGGCGGGAUCUACGAGGCCCAAGUCAACGUCAAGGUCGCGCCUGAUCCGUUCUACCUCAGCGAAGCAUGUCGGAACGUGCUCAAAUACCUCGGCGGGAACAGCGGCAAGAAAAACGUCAACGUCAUCUUUGCCUGCACAGGAGGGUCGGCCACCGGGGUAGGAGAGCGGGACGUCAAGUUCAUCUUCAACAUCGCCGCGAGUGCCGCCGUUAAUGGUGCAAAUUCCGGGACUCAGUUGGUUCCGAGCAAUUUGGAAGUCGUUAAUGAGGGGGACAACACUUUCAUCAGCACGCAGGUCAACCUGGGGGUGAAGAUGAGCGGUUCGACGGCCAAGUUCCAGUUCAUCUACUGCUAG